CAGCGCCGAGGAUCAGUGGGUUUUACUCGAGAGCGAAUGUAUGCGAGUGCGAUAGAGAGAAUGAGAAAGCUAUAUUCUGAAUGAGUUUGCGUGGAAGUAUUUAACAGAAAGUUUAUUAAAAUUAACUUAUUUUUAUGAUCUAAAUCUUUAUUCCUAACGAAUUCCAUAAUGGUUGCAACCAGUACCCUGAAGAACAAAAGCACUGAAUGCGUUUCGGACCAGAUAGACCGCCGAUACGACCAGGCUUUCCUUGAUGAGCUGGCGUACUGGGACCACGCCCUGGCCGAGCCCACCCUGCCCGGCGGGGCCCUGGAGGAGCGGGCCUGCCUGCAGCUGGCCUCCCUGCUGGAGAGCUGCCUCUCGCGGGCCAAGCGGACGCGGCUGCAGUGCUCCGAGGUGCUGGUGCCGGAGACCCUGACGCGGCGCAUCGCGCGGGACGUUCUGCGCCUGGCCUGGGGCGAGCCGUGCGGCCUGCGGGGCUGCGUCCUGCACCUGCUGCUGGAGACGGACGGGGGCUGCAAGCGCCUGGAGCGCGUGACCUACGACCCCAGCGUGGUGCCCACCUUCGAGCUGACGCUGGUGUUCAAGCAGGACAGCUGCGCCUGGCCCAGCCUGAGGCACCUGUUCCGGCUGGGGGCCUGCUUCAGCCCCCGCUUCCGGCACGCGCUGAAGCUCAGCCCCGGCUUCCGCCUCGUCAAGAGGAAGCUGUACUCGUCCUCCGCCGGCACGGUGCUGGAGUACUGAAGCCCCGCCGUCGCCCGGCCCGGCCCCACGCCACCCGCUAUUCCCGGUUCCGCUGUUAAUCGCUCAUCAGGAAACGCUGAAUUUCGUGCCCCCCCCCCCCCUCAACUCCUCCUCCGGUGCUGCUAAUGUCUGACUUUGUUGGUGGACGUUCUCCUGCUCUGAACUAUGUGUGCUUAUGACGUACCCAAGAUCCUCUGCUUCUGGUUUAGGCAUUUGGUCUGAAAAUUCAGUGUUUCCUGAUGAAUUUGGCUAGACAUGGUAACUGAUACUUAUCUGAAUGUAAGCAUCACUGGUCAGCCAAGGGGCAUGGUUGGGGUUUUCUUAAUGCCCACCCAAGGUUCAGAGUUUUGUACCCCUCUGCAGGAUGUGGCCUGCCUCAUGGGACAGUCUAAAAUGGAGGGCUGGGUAGGGUUUUAGGCUGUUGGAGGAGCGGUACUUGAUGGGAUGGUGGCGGAAAUCUGGUUAUUGCAUCAGAGGCUUUAGUCUCUGGGCAGAUUAGGGAGGCAGGGCUGGUUGUGUCACAGGCACAUUGAUUGGUCUCUUGCUGGGAGUCUUGAGAGCCACAAAUAUUCGCUGAAAUUGAAGCAGUUUCCUGAGUGGAUCCAAAUGUUUGUGCACUAUUUUAUACUGGAAGGGUACUUUCAUACUGCAGUCUGCACUCACUAAUUCAACAGGUGCAUUGUAGCUGCUCUUUUUAUAACUGUCACACUAAAUCCUUGUACGUAGUUUGGAUUUACUUAUGAUUUUGUGUUUUUCUUGUGAAACCAGACUCGUUUUGGAAACCAGUCUGCUGACACCUGUAGUAGGGGAUCUGUGGCUUUCAGUGUGCAAUACAGUGUAGAAAAUAGUGUGUGAAUGACCCGUCAAAUGUCAAGACUCCGCUUGCUUCCUGGUGGUGGGGGCUCUGAGGUACAGAAAAGACCCAGAUUCCCCCUGAAGACUGAGCCUUCAGCCUGUCUUGCUCUGGGGAGGAAAAAAAGAAAAUAUUGAAUGCUGACUACCUUAUUGGUCAGCUUGCAUUGCACUAUGGGAAUUGUAUGUGGAUUGGUUUGCUUGUUGUAGUGGUCGUCUCUGUACGCUGACUGUGCUACUGUUGCAAUGUCUCUCCAGGGUGUUUAGUUACGCUGCUGUUUUUGGCAUUUUUCUUUUCUUUUUUUUUUUUUUACGGAAUUCCUGUUAAAGGAAGUGGAAAUUCUUGUCUUUUUGACAAUAAAUAUUUUUUAAACCUC